GGCGGGAGGAGUGGGAGGAGAGUGGAGCUGAGCGCCCAGGCGCCUGGUGGGGCGGCUAGAGCGACGCGGCGGCGCGGGUGGGGGAGGCCUGGAGCUCGCGCGCGGAGGCUUCGGUUCCGGAGGCUGCCCAGGGGGGCUUCUUGUCCCCCCCCCCAUCCGAGCAGCCCCUCCUCUCCCCAGCCCUGCAGAGCCCUGGAGAUGGAAGACGUGGCCCGAGGGGCGGCCCCAGGGCCUCCAAGACCUGGCCUAGUGCCCAUCAGCAUUAUCGGAGCGGAGGAUGAGGAUUUUGAGAACGAGCUGGAGGCGAACUCAGAGGAGCAAAACAGCCAGUUCCAGAGCCUGGAGCAGGUGAAGCGGCGUCCAGCCCACCUCAUGGCCCUCCUGCAGCAUGUGGCUCUGCAGUUUGAGCCAGGACCCUUGCUCUGCUGCCUGCAUGCCGACAUGCUGGGUUCUCUGGGCCCCAAAGAGGCCAAGAAGGCCUUCCUCGACUUUUCCCAUAGCUUCCUGGAGAAGACCUCGGUCCUGCGGGUCCCAGUUCCUCCCAACGUCACCUUUGAGCUUGACCGCACUCGACUCGACCUCAUCUCCGAGGACAUCCAGCGACGCUUUGUGCAGGAGGUGGUCCAGAGUCAGCAGGCGGCUGUGAGCCGGCAGCUGGAAGACUUCCGCUCCAAGCGGCUCAUGGGCAUGACGCCCUGGGAGCAGGAGCUGGCCCAACUGGAGCCCUGGGUGGGCCGGGACCGAGCCAGCUAUGAGGCCCGCGAGCGGCAUGUGGCUGAGAGGCUGCUGGCCCACCUGGAGGAGAUGCAACACACCAUCUCCACAGACGAGGAAAAGAGUGCCGCUGUGGUCGCCGCCAUCAGCCUGUACAUGCGCUAUCUCGGAGUGCGGACCAAGAGUGGGGAUAAGAAAUCGGGGCGUAAUUUCUUCCGGAAAAAGGUGAUGGGGAACCGGCGGUCAGAUGAGCCCCCCAAGACCAAGAAAGGGCUGAGCAGUAUCCUGGAUGCUGCUCGAUGGAACCGGGGCGAGCCUCCAGCUCCAGACUUUCGACACCUCAAAGGCGAGGUUGAUGGGGAAAAGCCAGGCCCUGUAGACCGCAAGGGAAGCCUUGGCGUGCCUUCUCGGGACAGGACUAUUGGGGCUCCUAGUCAGGACCCCUCUGGAGUCUCCCUGAGCCCUCUGCCUGUGGACAGCCCAUAUCGGGAAGCAGGUUCUGAUACCUCCCUGGAGCCGGGAGACACUCCUUCACAAGGCCCUACAAGUCUGGAGCCCCUAGCACCCCCAGAAAACCCAGAGGACGGUGCUGAGACAGAGAGAAGGUGGAAGAGGCUGCCAGGGCGUCUGGGGCGCUCAGAGAGCCUGCGGGUGAGUGACCGCCGCCGGCCUUCCCGGGGCAGCCUCGGGGCUAAGGGCCGGGGUGGGGGCCGCUCCCGGAGCGACGUGGACAUGGACCCCAGCUCUGCCACAGCCGUGCUUGGCCCCACCCGACAAGCCACCCCUGAGCCUGGAGAUGAUGGGGAGCCAGGACGGUCAGGACUGGAGCUGGAGCCAGAAGAACCCCCUGGGUGGCGGGAGCUGGUCCCCCAGGACACCCUGAUGAACCUUCCCAAGAGCCAGGUGAAGCGGCAGGAAGUGAUCAGUGAGCUGCUGGUGACGGAGGCUGCCCAUGUGCGCAUGCUGCGUGUGCUACACGAUCUCUUCUACCAGCCCAUGGCGGAUGGGGGCUUCUUCCCCCUGGAGGAGCUACAGAACAUCUUCCCCAGCCUGGAUGAGCUCAUCGAGGUGCACUCUUUGUUCCUGGAUCGCCUGAUGAAACGGAGACAGGAGAGUGGCUACCUCAUCGAGGAGAUCGGAGACGUGCUGCUGGCCCGGUUUGAUGGUGCCGAGGGCUCAUGGUUCCAGAAGAUCUCCUCCCGCUUCUGCAGCCGACAGUCAUUUGCCUUGGAGCAGCUCAAAGCCAAACAGCGCAAGGAGCCUCGAUUCUCCGCCUUUGUGCAGGAGGCAGAAAGCCGCCCACGCUGCCGCCGCCUGCAGCUGAAGGACAUGAUCCCCACAGAGAUGCAGCGGCUGACCAAGUACCCCCUGCUGCUGCAGAGCAUCGGGCAGAACACAGAGGAGCCGGCGGAGCGGGAGAAAGUGGAGCUGGCCGCCAAGUGCUGCCGAGAAAUCCUCCACCAUGUCAACCAGGCUGUUCGUGACAUGGAGGACCUGCUGAGGCUCAAGGAUUUCCAGCGGCGCCUAGAUUUGUCCCACAUUCGGCAGAGCAGCGACCCCAUGCUGAGCGAGUUCAAGAACCUGGACAUCACCAAGAAAAAGCUGAUCCAUGAGGGCCCGCUAACAUGGCGGGUGACCAAGGAGAAGGCUGUGGAGGUCCACGUGCUCCUGCUGGAUGACCUGCUGCUGCUGCUCCAGCGCCAGGACGAGCGGCUGCUACUCAAGUCCCACAGCCGGACACUGACGCCCACCCCCGACGGCAAGACCAUGCUGCGGCCCGUGCUGCGGCUCACCUCCGCCAUGACCCGGGAGGUGGCCACUGAUCACAAAGCCUUCUAUGUCAUUUUCACCUGGGACCAGGAAGCCCAGAUAUACGAGCUGGUGGCACAGUCUGUGUCAGAGCGGACAAAUUGGUGUGCCCUCAUCACAGAGACUGCUGGAUCCCUGAAAGUCCCAGCCCCUGCUAACCGACUCAAGCCUCCCCGGCCCAGCCCAAGCAGCACCCGAGAAACCCUGCUCAGCAGCUCCGAGAAUGGCAACGGUGGUGGCCGAGACAUGCCUCCAGCAGAGGCCCAGACUGAGAGAGCUCUCAGAGACCUCCUGCCCUUCUGCAGACCCGGUGCCGAAGGCCAGCUCGCCGUCACAGCCCUCCAGAAAGUGCUGGCCCUGAAGCAGCUCCUGUUGCCUACGGAGGAAGACCGUGGGGCGGGGCCUCCCGGAGAAGGGGACGGGGUGCCAGGCGGUGGUCCCCUGGGACCUGCACAGACCCAGGAAGUUCAGGAGCACCUGCUCAGCUUAGAGGAAGCCCUAAAGCAGCUGGAGGAGUUAGAAGAGGAACUCUGCCGCCUGCGGCCCCUCCUGUCUCAACUCGGGGGGAACCCUGUCCCCCAGUCUAGCUGCACUUGAGGUCUCUGCCCUGGCAGGCCUUCCGCCAAGAGGAGAGAAAGGAAGGAGAGGACGUGAGGGCCCCCCCAUCCCAAAGCAACUGCAGCAUCUCCUACCCCAAGGGCUGGAGAGGGAGCCAAGAUACCAAGGCCACAGCCUGGGGGCUGCCCCCCUGCGGGGUGCCUGCCCCUCCCCCUCCCCUGCCUUCUCUCCUCAUGUUUCUGCUUUGGGGGGGGCAUCGCUGGGACCCCUCCCCUUUUCCUGGGCCAUCUCAGUAUUGCCUGUUGGGGGACACCCUCCCACCCCCCCACCAAGUGCCUUUACUCUUGUGGGGUUUUUGUUUUUUUUUGGUUGUUUUUGGUACC